GUGAACGCGGGUCUUCAGAUUUAUCGGAAUGGCGCCUUAUAGAAGGAGUAAAAAGCCGCCACCCGAAGGAUGGGAGUUGAUCGAACCAACAAUCGAAGAAUUGAACAGGAAGAUGCGUGAGGCUGAAACUGACCCUCAUGAGGGAAAACGUAAGGUUGAGGCUGAAUGGCCAAUAUUUCGCAUUCAUCAUAAGAGGUCUCGGUUCAUUUAUGACUUGUAUUAUAAACGAAAAGCUAUUUCUAAAGAGCUGUAUGAAUUCUGCAUCAAAGAGAAGAUAGCCGAUGCAAAUCUGAUCGCCAAAUGGAAAAAACAAGGAUACGAAAACUUAUGUUGUUUAAGGUGCAUCCAAUCUAGAGAUACCAAUUUUGGAACUAAUUGCGUAUGUCGAGUACCAAAGUCAAAGUUAGAAGAAGGUAAAGUUGUUGAGUGUCAAAGUUGCGGUUGCCGUGGCUGCUCUGGCUAAUCAAUGAGUCUGCAUGUACAUACAACUUAACGUAUUUGAAUUUUGGUGUUAACUAUUCACUUGGUUCUGUGUAUAUAUAUUCGAAACAUAACUGGCCUUCCUACAUCAGCUCACUCUUCAAUAUGUGGACAGUAUUUUUACACGUUUUCUUACCUGAUAAUAGAUAUAUCAAAUGAAGUCAUUUAACGAUAUACAGUCUAUCCUUUUUUGAAGUUUGCUUACUAUUCCCAUUUGGUUUGUUAACUUAUGGUUUGCUCUCAAUGUAUGCAAUAAGUUCACAUCGUUGCAUUAAAAACAGAGGGUAUAACGUCA